UAUGUAUUGACACAAAUCAUUUUCCCUUAUAAAAAGGAAUGAAAGCAAAUAAAAAAGUUUGGGAUAAUUGGAAAGUGCGAGUAACGACCACACCUCAUGCUCCUCCACAACCUUCGUCGUUCUCCUGCUUCUGGGAGCGUGUCAUUUCUCGUUGGUAAUGGAUUCUUCUGCCGUAAGAGUCAGAGAGUUGUCAACAGAUGUUCAUUCAGGAUUAGUAAUUCUUCUCUGCCUUCAAUUGAGCAACUCAGUGAUGCACGAGUCAUAUAUUCCGUUGCUCCAUCCAUGGGCCACAAUCAGGAGUCUCAUCCAGAAUCACAUUUUAGAGUUCCUUCAAUUGUGAAUGCUCUAGAAGAAAUGAAGCUCACUCCGAAGUUUCGUGGCUCUGAGAUAAUUGAACUUCAACAUUUUGAGCCUGCAUCGGUCGAUGACAUUGCAAGUGUGCAUGCAAGAGCCUAUGUUUUUGGGCUUGAAAAGGUUAUGGAUCAAGCUAUGGAGAAGGGACUUAUUUUAAUUGAGGGUUCUGGACCAACAUAUGCUACUUCCACUACCUUCCAGGAGUCAAUAGUUGCAGCUGGUGCUGGAUUAGCCUUAGUUGAUUCAGUGGUUGCAGCUUCAAAGAUAAAGAGAGAUCCACCCACAGGUUUUGCUUUGAUAAGACCCCCAGGACAUCAUGCUGUUCCACAAGGACCAAUGGGCUUCUGCGUUUUUGGAAAUGUGGCCAUUGCAGCCCGUUAUGCUCAGCGUGUUCAUGCACUAAAGCGCGUUUUUAUAAUUGACUUUGAUGUUCAUCAUGGGAAUGGAACAAAUGAUGCUUUCUAUGAUGAUCCAGAUAUAUUUUUCCUUUCAUUUCAUCAAGAUGGAAGCUAUCCAGGUACCGGAAAAUUUGAUGAGGUAGGUACUGGUGAUGGUGAAGGAACCACACUAAAUCUGCCUCUCCCUGGAGGAUCAGGUGAUACUGCUAUUAGAACCGUGUUCGAUGAAGUUGUUGUACCAUGUGCUCAAAGAUUUAAGCCAGACAUCAUCCUUGUUUCUGCCGGGUAUGAUGGUCACGUGUUGGAUCCACUAGCAAAUCUUCAAUUUACAACUGGGACAUAUUACAUGCUUGCAUCCAGUAUCAAACAACUAGCAAAAGAUUUAUGUGGGGGUCGAUGUGUGUUUUUCUUGGAAGGAGGAUACAAUCUCAAGUCUCUUUCAUAUUCAGUGGCCGACUCAUUCCGUGCUCUCAUCGGGGAUCAAAGCUUGGCAUCCGAGUUCGAUAACCCCAACAUUUUGUAUGAAGAGCCAACAGCUAAGAUUAAGCAAGCAAUUCAGAGGAUUAAACACAUUCAUUCCCUGUGAGGUUUUUGUAAAUCAAAACUUGUCAUGACAAACAUGUAAAGUUUCAUUUAUAUGGGUUUCACACCAAGUUUAUGUAUAUACCCCUUAUGGUCUUUGAACAAGAACUCCAGUUAUGACUUAUUAGGUGCCAUGCAGUCAUAUAAAAUGAUCAUGCAGUGUACGUUCUGCACUACUAUGUAAUUUUAAGUUAUUUAUACAUUUACAAUUACGAUAGUUUAAUUUUUUAAAAAAAUUAUCCAACAGCUUUGGUGAUA